AUGACCGGAGAAGUUGUAAACCCGAAGGCGUAUCCGCUUGCAGAUUCUCAGUUGGGGAUAACGAUUCUCGAUCUCGUUCAACAAGCUGCUAACUACAAGCAGCUCAAGAAGGGUGCUAAUGAAGCUACGAAGACUCUUAAUCGUGGUAUCUCCGAGUUUGUUGUUAUGGCUGCAGACGCAGAGCCCCUAGAGAUUAUCCUUCAUUUACCUUUACUUGCUGAGGAUAAGAAUGUUCCAUAUGUUUUUGUGCCAUCGAAGCAAGCAUUGGGAAGAGCAUGUGGUGUUACAAGACCAGUGAUCGCUUGUUCAGUUACAUCAAACGAAGCUAGUCAAUUGAAAACACAAAUCCAGCAGCUCAAGGAUGCUAUUGAGAAGCUCCUGAUCUAA